UGCGGGGCUCUGGCCGAGCUGCUGGCAGGGAGAGCCAAGAGGCGGCGAUGCGUGCCCGAGCGUGGGCCCGGGCUGCAGGACGCCGCGGUUCGCCUCCUGAGCUGCCAUCAGAACUUGAGCGACCUUUUCCUGGAGGUGGAAAAUUCCAAUAAAUCAACGGAGCAGAGCAGUACAGAGCCUCCACGUGUGGUUUCAGAACCAUUUGUAGUGUCUGCUUUACAGGAGCAGGCCUCACGCCUGAGCGUACCGCUGGGAAUCUUGUCAGCCAAAACUGCUGUUGCCAACGUUGAGCAGAUCUCUCAGGCUUCGUUGGAGUCUGGGCAAACUGUGCUGUUGAAUGGGGAACAAAGGAAGAAGCUGUCCUCGUUGCUUGAAACAAUCAAGGAUUUAUCGGUGCACAGUGCUUUCUGCUGCUCACUCUUUUGUCAGGAAAUGUGGAAAAUGCAGAGCCCUCCAGUGUUGGAAGUUGUGUGGCACUUGCACAGAGGGAACACUGUAAACUUGGGCGAGCUGCUGGAGAGCAAUUCAGACACCCCUGCGGUGGUGGAGUGGCUAUGCAGCAGCCUUUGUCUCUUGUGCGAGCAGGCAGAAGAUUCUUCCCAGGAAAUGGAGCUUUGCAGACACAUGCUCUCAGACUUUGUGAUCACGUUUCUUCAGAAUGGAUUCCAGCAAACUGCUGAUCAGGGAAAGAAGCUGGAAUUAAAGAAAAGCCCCCAGAUCUGCUUUGCUGUUCUGCAAAGGAUGUUGACCUGGGUGCUGGAUGCCAUUGCUAAAGAAAAGCAGGAAGACACCACUAAGCUGCAAGGUGUAAAAUGCUGGCUGAACAUAUUCAAUGCGACAAUGUACAGAAGUACCGUGUGUCCAGAUGCUUUGCACCAAUUUUUCAUUCACACCUUGACUGAAGUUCUUACUUAUAAUCCUCUGUUGAAAGUGUCUGAUGCCAUUCAUAUGCAGAGAGAGUGGAGUUUUGCAAGGACCACCCCGCUGCUCACUACCCUGUAUCGCAAACUGUUCGUGGCCUUCAGUGCAGAGGAGCUGCUGUCUCAUUUGCAACAGGUCCUGGAGACUCACGAGGUGAAUUGGCAGCAUGUGCUUUCCUGUGUAUCCACGCUGGUGAUUUGCCAGGUGAAAGCAGAGCAGCUGGUUAAAGACCUACUGAGCCAUCUGCUGACAAAAGCCUUUGAGAAUUAUGAUAUGGAAAAUAUAAUCACUGCGUUCCUGAUCGUUCGUCAGGCUGCGCUGGAAGGUCCUGCCGUUUUCAUGCCUUAUGCUGAAUGGUUUAAGGCUUCCUUUGGGAAUUCAAGUGGUUACCAUGGUAACAGCAAGAAGGCUUUGGUCUUCCUGUUUGAAUUCCUGUCGGAGUUGGUGCCCUUUGAAGCGCCGCAGUACCUGAAGGUCCACAUAAUGCAUCCACCUUUUGUGCCAGCAAAAUACCGUUCCUUUCUCUCGGAAUAUAUCGCUCUGGCCAAAACCAGGCUGGCUGAUCUCAAGGUCUCCAUAGAGGACAUGGGGCUUUAUGAAGAUUUAUCAACCAAAGAAAUUGUGCAGCCCCACUGCCAAGCGCUUCAGGAUGUUGAAAAGGCCAUUCAGAUAUUUGAAAAUACAGGGAAGAUCCCUACCAGCGUGAUGGAAGCCAGUAUUUUCAGACGACCUUACUAUAUUUCCCGUUUUAUUCCUGCUUUACUCCAGCCACGAGUGCUCCCUGAAAUUCCAGAUUCAUGCAUGGCUCUUAUAGACUCCUUAAAGAGAGCCAAUAAAAUUCCCCCAAACGUGUACUCCAGAUACAUUCAAGAUUGUCAAGCUAUGAGAAAGAAACUGGUACGAGAUGGAUCAAUAGAAAUGGAGACUGACCAUCUUAAAGAGCCACUUGAGCAGCUUAAGGCUGAACUAGCUGAACUGAGAACGCUGAUCACAGACCAAAGCAAAUACAGCGCUGUGCCAGCCCAGAUUGCAGUCAUCUCUGAGAGGCUGACUGCAGUCCUGGGACACAGUAAAGAUGAGAACGAAGCUGCCUCCCUGAAUUCUCGAGUCCAAGUUAAUGUGUCGGACCCCAGAAUUGAAGCUCCGUAUCAGAAUGUCAUUGAUCUCUUACUGACGUCCUUUUGCCAGAAUCUAAUAGCUGCUUCCUAUUUUAACCCCCCUGACAGGCAGGGGCACUGUCCAUCCCUGUUUGUGAAGAUGAUUUGUGGACACAGGGAUCUCCUACCUGCCUUGCUGACCAGGCUUUGUCAGCUUAUUUAUUAUCAGGGUCCUUCCCUAAACGAGGCUCACGUCUUGGGACUGGCUGCCUUUGUGGUUCACUUAUGGGAAUGCAAAUCCUUCGUUCCUGAAGUGGAUGUGGGAUCCCUGGCUCCUCAGCCUGCCUCUGCAAGGGGUCUUUCUGUUCCUGAGUUCUGUGACCGUUUAUUGGCCUGCAGGACAGGGGAGUCCUUAGCCUUCUGCUUGAGGUUUUGUACUGCAGCGGUUUCUUAUUGUCUCUGCAAGUUUUCUUCCCUUCCUCAUGGUGACUUAUGCAGCUUCCUUCCUCCUGGCCUUUUAAAGAAGUUGCAGUAUGUUGUGCCCCGGCUGAACUUGGAGGCUCGAGGAACUGGGCGUGAGGAGGAGGAAGUUGAACUGUCCUGGAGGUUCUUGUCCUGUCCCUCUGUGAGCUACACGAAAGCCAGUCUCUGUCUGUGGAAGCAAACGCACUUCCAGGAACUCCUGAAGGAGAAAGUAUUUCAGUUAUCUUUCAGAGAGUGGCUGCUGUUUGAGCUUGAGAUCCAGCCUGAAACAGAUAUCCUUUCUGCUUCUGAAAGGCAGGACUUCCACUACUGGGCUUUGUACGAGUGGUAUCUCCCCGCAUCCUCUGCUUCCGGAGGCUGUGAUGGGGACCUGGAAGAGGCAUGUGGCAUUCUAAUUGAUGCAUUUCUGGACUUCUUCCAAAGGUCAGAGUUGGACAGCUGUGGCCCAUUGAAGACGUCGGAGUUUUUCACUCACAGUAGCACAGUCAAUCCUGAUAUUCUCAGCAAAUUACAGGAAAUGGUACUUGAGCUGGGGGACAGGAAGGCUUUGUCUGCAGGCCGCUUGCGGGGCAGGGAACACUUCCUGUUCAGGGUGUUCCAGGCCAGAUUAGCAGGUUUAGGAAACGGCUCUGCUGUGGGUCAGCAGUUACGGAGACAGCAGGAGCUGCUACUGCAAAAAAGGAUUCUUCUGGGUCUCCCUCCACCCGUCCUUAUUACAACGUGCCAAAGAGGAAAGAGAGUGACCUUGGAUUGUGAAGGUUUCUUUCAUUUUGUCAACUCGGAGCUGAGGAACGUCUGCUCCAGGGGGUGUGCGCUCUCCUAUGACAUUACUGCACAUUUCUUCAGGGGGCUGCUGAGUGCCAGUUUGGAUUGUGAGGAGUCGGCACAGGGGGUUAACGAUGUGCUGGCCGCGUGUCGAACCAAGUGUCCCCUUCUCCUUUGCUCUGCGGGGCGGUGGUGGCCGAGGCUGGAGCCAGUGCUUUGCUGCCAGUGGACCAGGCUGUCUGGGGCUCGCCUUCCACAAGAAAUGCAGCGGCUGAAGGAGUGCCGGUGUUCUGCGACCAGCUUCCUCUCCUCGGAAGCACCAUUCUCCCUUCCGGAUGCCCCCUGGAUUUCAGCUGCGUUUCUGCAUUUCGCUAUUCAGCAGCAAGUGGCCCAUGAAGGAAGAAGCGAGGUCCUGAGAAGGCUGGGCUCCAGCGCAGAGCAGCUCCUGGUGUCUCUGCUCUUCUUCUCGCUCCUGGACGUGAUCUCGACAAGAUUAGCACCACAGGAAGAGGUGGAUGCUCGUGAGGCUUUGGAAUGGUGCCUGGAGAUCCUGCGCCACCUGGAAGAGCUGGGCAUGUCCUGGCUGGUUCUCUUCCACGCUGUAGACAGAGGCCAUGGCCCCUAUCAUGUUCUACGCCGUGCAACCUCUGACCAGUACAUCAGGCUGCUGCCUCUUGCAUUCUUCAGCCUCAUCCCCGGCUUUCACCAGGAGCUGUUUGUGCGAGAGCCCGGCUUCCUUGCUGUUGUCGUUGACUCGUAUAUUCAGCUCCUUCGGCUCUUCGUCGACGGUGGGAACGCUCCUGGAUCAGACCAAGAGGCACAAAGCGUGCAUGCUGCAAACCCCGUGGAUUCUUUAGAAGCAAUAACAAAGGCGCGGCAGUUCCUGCUUCAUUCAAUCCCCCGGUGCCCCAGGAAGAGCUUUACAAAUGUGCACCAGUUCCUGGACCUCUGCGAAGAGUUCGACCCAGAGAUGACAGCUGCUCUCUUGCACUACUCGAAGCCUGCAGCUGACCUGGAGUACCAUGAUGGCCCAGAUCUUUUCUGAGUGGGGCUUGCGGGCCAUGAAUCUGGCCCUGC